CCGGCAAGGGGGCAACGAGGAAGCGCUUUAGAGCGUAGCCGGAAAGGAGAAGUUGAGAUUACAGACAUCCUGCCAAAAUGAUUUCUUCAAAGCCCAGACUUGUCGUACCUUAUGGCCUCAAGACUCUACUUGAAGGAGUCAGCAGGGCCGUUCUCAAAACCAACCCGCCAAACAUCACCCAGUUCGCAGCAUUUUAUUUUAAAGAACUUAUUGUGUUUAGAGAAGGGAAUACUUCUCUGGAUAUAAAAGAUCUUGUUAAACAAUUUCAUCAGAUGAAAGUAGAGAGGUGGUCAGAAGGAACGACACAAGAGAAGAAAGCAGAAUGUAUGAAAGAACAGGUAGGAACAUCUACAGUUUCCCAAGAACCUACACGGAUGGAGAAAUCUACAGACACAGAGGAGGACAAUAUCGCUGGACCACUGUUUAUGAACAAAACCACUCAGUUCCCAUCAGUUCACUUGGAGGUGCUCCAGGAACCCGAGGAGACAUCCGAAGCAGCUCGUGGUUCCAGUUUGAAACCGUCUACCCCUAAGGGGAUGACCCCACCCUCAUCACCACCUCCAGCAGCCGUGUCACCCGAGUUUGCUUAUGUCCCAGCGGACCCAGCUCAGUUCGCUGCUCAAAUGUUAGGUAAAGUUGCAUCUGUUCAUUCUGAUCGGUCUGACGUGUUAAUGGUGGAUGUGGCCACGAGUAUGCCUCUGUUUUCCGACGAGGUGCUGAGCUCAGAGGCUGCUGAAGAUGCCCGGGUGGCUACUCCUGCGUAUUCUGCAGAGGGGGCAGUCCUGCAGGUUCUGAGCCAAACAGCUGUCCGUGUAGAUUUGGGUUCUAAACUUAAAGACGAUGAAGCUGUACCAGCAGCGGCUUCCUCCUUCCCCUUGCAGGAUGAACAAGACCCUCCUGCUUACGAUCAAGCUCCCGAGGUCCCUUUGCAGGCUGAUAUUGAGGUCACCUCAUUCAUUCGCGUAUCGUCUAUCUAUAACAAUGAGCCUGUGACUGAAGGAGUUACUUAUGUCGAGCAAAUACCAGAACACAUAGUUAUCCCUUUUACUGAUCACGUUGCUUCUCUUAAAGCAAACAAGCCACCACUUAGUCCCAUUCCUGUAGCACUCGCCACAGGCAUGUCCGAGAAACCUGUAGGUUCGGUAAAACCGCUGGAGGAGGAUGCAAAUUAUUCCUCAGUAUAUAUGGAAGCAGAAGCAGCCAUUCUGCUCCCUGACCCCUCUUUGAAAGGUCAGUCUGCACAGUUCCCGGAUGCACAGGGCUCCACCAAAGCAGUAGGCUCUGAAAAACCUCUGCACGUUGAAACGGAGUUCACUGCCCUAGUCCCUGGCAACCCUGCGCAGGAGUCCCAGGGAAACUCUGCAGCCCAGGAGAUGGAGGCCAAACUCGUGCUCUCUGGGGAAGCUACCACCGCAGGGCUCUCGGCUGUGCCGGGAAGGGCAGCUGGUGGUUCCCCCCCUCCUGUUCCAGAACCCGAACCACAAGGGGAAGCAGCACUCGGACAAGGUUUGAUGGAGCCAGCCAUAGCAGCAAGCGAAGCAGGACAACCACCACCAUACUCUAACAUGUGGACCCUUUAUUGUCUAACUGAUAUGAAUCAACAAAGCCGCCCAUCACCGCCACCUGCACCUGGGCCUUUCCCCCAAGCAACCCUCUAUUUAUCUAAUCCUAAGGAUCCAAAGUUUCUGCAGCAGCCACCAAAAGUUACUUCUCCAACUUACGUGAUGAUGGACGACAGCAAGAAGACCAGUGCCCCACCUUUUAUUUUAGUAGGCUCGAAUGUUCAGGAAGCUCAGGAUUGGAAACCUCUUCCUGGACAUGCUGUUGUUUCUCAGUCAGAUGCCUUGAAGAGAUACGCUGCAGUCCAAGUACCCAUUGCUGUUCCUGCAGAUCAGAAAUUCCAGAAACAUACCCCAAACCCCCAGAAUGGUAGUCCUCCUCCAAAUGGACAAGAUGUCCCCAGGCCACAAAGCCCAGUUUUUCUUUCUGUGGCAUUCCCAGUAGAAGAUGUAGCCAAAAAAGGUUCAGGAUCGGGUGACAAACGUACUCCCUUUGGAAGUUAUGGUAUUGCUGGCGAAAUAACCGUGACUACUGCCCAUGUUCGCAGAGCAGAAACCUAAAAAUGAUGCUGGAAACGAUGCCCUUUGAGCCAACGUUCAAGGUGGAGUCCGCCACCGAGCGUACUUGGUCAAUAAACCUCAUGCAAGCAUAAAACCCUGUGCUCUUAUUUUGUAACUGGGCCUAGGGCAGGAAAGAGCAGGACUCCGACAUG